GCAUGGGCCCCCAGGGGGGAAUAAACCAUCAGUUUUGUCGUUAAGACAGACAUUAUUGAUUAUACACAAAGUUUAUUCUGGGAGUGGUGUAUAUCGCUCCGGUAACGAGACUGGUAAAUUUAACUAGCUGAAAACAAUGUUUCAUUUUUAACUUUUAACGAAAUGGCUUUCAGUGAACGUAGUUUUUGUGCAUGACAUAAAUGUGUUUUUGUUUUGCAAUGGAAGGAAAACACGGUGAAAGACAGCGAACAAGAAGCGGUCCAAAGGCUAACUCAAGCGGGCGACUCCGUGAAGCUAAAUUUGCAGGCUGCCUGGGACCCUCUGCUAGGAUGAGGUCCUGUCUGGAGUUGGCCCUGAAGGGAGAGCGGCUGUGCAAGGAGGGUAACUAUGGUGCUGGAGUCGCCUGCUUCCAGGCCGCCAUGCAGAUCGGGACCGGUGACCUCCAGAUGCUCAGUGCCAUUUACAGCCAGCUGGGAAACGCCUAUUUCCACCUCGACGACUACGCCAAAGCUUUGGAGUUCCACCGUUAUGACCUCACCCUCACCAAGACUGUAGGAGAUCAGCUUGGAGAAGCCAAAGCAAGUGGAAACAUCGGUAACACUUUGAAGGUUUUGGGGAGAUUCGAGGAAGCGAUAUUUUUCUGCCAGAAUCACCUGGAUAUAUCCAGGAUCCUCCAUGAUAAGGUUGGUGAGGCCCGAGCGCUGUACAGUUUGGGGAACGUGUACCACGCCAAGGGGAGGAGCUUCUUUUGGAGCGGGCCGGACCCCUCUGACUUUCCAAAGGACGCUCUGCAGGCGCUGAGGAUGGCUGUUAGCUUCUAUGAGGCGAAUUUGUUGAUAGUGAAGGAGCUGGGGGACCGAGCAGCUCAGGGGCGAACCUAUGGCAACCUGGGUAACACACACUACAUGCUGGGUGACUACGGCAAGGCGAUUGCGGUGCACGAGCAGAGGCUGCUCAUUGCCAAGGAGUUUGGUGACAAGGCUGCGGAGCGAAGGGCGUGCUGCAACUUGGGGAACACUUACAUUUUCCUUGGAGAAUUUGAAGUGGCAGCAGAGCAUUACAAGAGGACAUUGCAGCUUGCUCGGCAGCUUCAGGAUCAGGCGGUGGAGGCCCAAGCCUUGUACAGCCUGGGGAACACCUACACCCUGCUUCAGGACUAUAAGAGGGCCAUCGACUACCACUGCAGACACCUUCUUAUAGCACAGGACCUCAACGACAGGGUGGGAGAGAGAUGUGCAUGCUGGAGUUUGGGGAACGCCUACACCGCUUUGGGAAAUCUUGACCAGGCUCUGCACUUUGCUAAGAAACAUCUGGAAAUUUCCAAAGAGACAGGAGACCAACGUGGCGAACUCACUGCUAGCAUGAACGUCUCAGACCUUCAGGCAGUCCUCGGUCUCCGCAACAACUCCGACAGCAGUGCGGCCUUGAUCGAAAACGAGGGGCUGGACAUUCAAGGGGAAAAGCCCAGAGCAGAAAGGCGACAAAGCAUGGAGAAAAUGGAGCCGGGGAAAAUGUGUCCAGACAAGAUCAGUGAACAGAACCAGAACCCUGACAUCAUAACCAGCCAGGCUAAGGUCUCCUUGGCUAAGACGUCCUCCAAGCGGUCCUUUGUCAGUCGCCUCCGAGCAAAGAUACACAAGAACAGCCGCUCCGCCCUUAAGGCCCCUCAGAACUACAGUAAGAGCCUGGAUGUAGAGGGAGACCUCGAGGGGGAAGGGAAGGCCCAUGAUAUGCUGGGAGACGAGGUCUUCUUUGACCUGCUGAGUAGAUUCCAGGGCAGUCGAAUGGAUGACCAGAGAUGCAAGAUACAGGAAGGCAAGAGCCAUCUAUCUGCCCCCAGCAGCCCGACCCCACCUUUGCCCAGGCCUAUGAAGAAAUCUCACACGGUUUUGGCGUCCUCACCACACGAACCCUUCCUGGAUACAAUUUCCAGCUUUCAGAACCGACGUCUGGAUGAGCAGCGGGCCAGCGCGGACCUCCUCCCAGGCCUACGGGUCAACCAGCAGCACCACCAGUCCGUUCUCAGCCGCCUGAAGGAGAGCGGCGAUGCCAAGGAGCUCAGCGAGGACUUCUUUGAUACACUGGUCAAGUGUCAGAGCUCCAGACUGGACGACCAGAGAUGCGCUGGGCCUCUGUUGACCACUAAAAGCCUGACCGUUGCAGAUGACGACUUUUUCAGCCUUAUCUUGCAAGCUCAGGCCAAGCGGAUGGAUGAGCAGCGGGCCACGUUCUCGCCAUUCUCACGGAGGCCCAGCUCCAGCUGAGCCGGCAUACUGCUGCGUCCAGUCGCCCAUUCUGACUACGAAUAUCACAAAUGUCUUUGAUAAAGGAAUCAGGGUUGGAGCAUGUCUGCCAGAAAUUAGUGAGAAAGAUGGACGUGUAAGUAUGGAAACUUACACUGCGAUAAGUUUAGUCUUCGUUAUGAGGCUCCCUGUGUUUGCCCCUUGUUAAGGUUUUCUUGGAUCCUGAUGACCGGUUUAGUUUUUGAUAAUAGGACUUGUAAGAAAAGGUAAAUAAACCAAACCUGCUCACUUUCCAUCUGCUAUCAGAGCAGUCCAGCUCCGACUGAACUAGAGGAUGGGUCACCCAAAGAAGAACUCUUAGAACUCUCCGGGAGCAGCCCAGCGUAGAGUCCUGCUGGUACAGAGGAAGUGUUCAUGCUCCACAGACUAAGAAGGUCAUCAAUGGAAAAUGUUGCUCUACUGAAAGUGGGGAAGUCCUUCAUAGGCACUGAAAUGCCAAGACUGCACAAAACCCAGGUCUGACAACAGUGCAGAGAUGUCAUACUAAAAUCUUCCGAUUGAACUAGAAAUUUUUCGCUUUGCCACAAUUUGCUGUGGAAUUUGUUGAUAGCCAGUUUGCUUUAUAAAAUACUGCCUAGUAGUUGCUUACUGUGGUUACAUCUGUUUGGAGCUGUAAAUGUUGGCUUUGCAUCAGAUGUACAGUGUUAAGUAAAUUUGAUUGUAUGACUAAA